CGAGUAGACGGAAGUUUGUAGUGCGAAACAUGCGACGAAGAGACCACCGGAGAUGUCAACAAAAACUCUCCUGAAAAUGUUGCUGUCAACUCAAAUAAUAUCGAGCUAAACUCGUACCAUUGACCACUAAAAUCGACCGAUAUUUUCCCUUCAUGACCAUUUAACUCAAGUCUCAAAAUGGCAGAGGGAAACACUCUUUCCGGUGUAAAUGUUGUGCUUGUUAUGGCCUACGGAAGCUUGGUGUUUGUGCUGCUGUUCAUCUUUGUGAAAAGACAGAUUAUGCGCUUCGCUAUGAAAUCUCGCAGAGGACCGCACGUCCCGCUGGGUCACAACGCACCAAAGGAGAUGAGAGAGGAGAUUGAUUCCCGUUUGUCGAAAGUGAACGACAUUCGUUAUGAGCCACAUCUGCUUUCUAAAGAUGAUGAUCGACUGAGGCAUCAAGGUCAGAAUGGUUGUUAUAAUUAUCUCUUCAGAAUGCAAGCGUUAGAUGCCAUCAGAGACUCUGAUAUUCCAUUUCAUGAGCUGUGUCGCAGUGCCAGUGCUCUGACCGGUCGCCGCUACAGGAAGUGGCUGCAGGACCUACGAAACUCUCACUCUCUGUUCAAAUCAAGUCACAGUGCGCUAAUAGAUCGCUUAAUGGAGGGCUACGACAACGCCCGCCAUGGGACAGGGGUGUUUGGUGAGGCAGAGUUUGUGAAGUAUAAGGAAGAUCUGGCUGAACUGGCUACUGUUGUGAAGACCCACUCCAGCACCACCAGUCUAAACCAGCAGCACCAGUCAGCAGCUAAAGAUCUGACCGGCUCCCCCGGCCCAUCGUCUGCCUCUACCAUACAGGUUACGUACCUGCCAUCCACCAGUCAGCGCAGCAAGAGACCCAAACACUUCCUGGAGCUCAAAAACUUUAAAGACAACUAUAAUACGCUGGAGAGCACACUUUAGAGAAUGAAACCCUUUUGAGGAACUGUAUAAAUAUAACUUAGAAACUGUGAAACAGAAACUCACUGGAAAGCCUAUACUGGAAAAUCUUUUAUGUGGAACUGAAAACAGUGAGAGAUUCCUUAAUAUGGCCUCAAAUCAAAUGCGAAUGUGAAAAUGACUUAACAUAUGACAAAAUCUGGGAUAAACUUGCAUCUGCUUUGAGAGCAAUGUGUUAUGCUUGUAAUGUUUUCUUCUAAAGGAGCUGACAGGAAAAGCAUUGUCUUCUAAUGUUAAAAGUCACUGUUUACCAGCUUUUAUUUGCGAGAAUGGCCUUUUAAUGUGAACAGGUAGUGUAAAGUUGAUUUCUUUAUUGCCCAAAGAGCACUAACAAAGCACCCUUUAGCUGAGAUGAUGUAAUUUUUACUGGAAUUACUUUUCUGGCAGAAACACGUGGAUUUAAAAACAGUGGGCAUUAAAGAGACAGUUUACCCAAAAUGUAUUUACCCUCCACUUGUUUCAAACCUAUAUGAGUUUCUUUCUUCUGUUGUGCACAAAAGAAGAGAUUUUGAAGAAUGUUGGCAAAAUCAGUGACUACUGUCAGCUGUUUGGUUU